AUGGCGCCCUCAAAGGCUCGGUCCAGUCCUUCUGUGGAACGGCGCGACCGUCUGACGCUCGCGAAAUUGGCCAGCUAUGACGAUGUCGCAACGGAUGCGCUGGUAGAUUGUGCUCACUUCUGGACGAGGACCCGCAAAAAUCGAACGAAAUAUAUCCCUGUCCGCGGCCUAGUCGAAGAUACCGUGUCUGACAUCCUCCUGCGCGAUGUCAUUGUCGCCAAGGAUGCGGUCCUGGCCGAACGCAAGAUACUGGAUCUAUCUGGAAUGAAGAGAUAUCUGGCGAAGCUCGGAAACGACCGUGAGAAGGACUGGUUCCGAAAACACCUGAGAAAAUAUAUACACAUUUAUCUUCCCGACUGCCCCUUUGAGGUCACGACCACGAACCGUUAUACGAUAACCGAACACGAGGCUGCUAUUUGCGCCCGAAAAUUCGUCCCCCAAGGCCGAGAGAUUAAGUAUCUGAGCGGGACUUUGGUGCCAAUGACCAAGGAAGAGGAGCAGGAUCUGGAUUUGAAGCGAAAAGAUUUUAGUAUCGUAAUGUCGAGCCGAAGGAAGACACCGUCUUUCUUCUUGGGCCCCGCGCGUUUUGCAAACCACGACUGCAACGCCAAUGGGCGACUGGUAACUCGGGGCGCUGAGGGGAUGCAGGUCGUCGCCACUCGAGAUAUCCAUAUUGGUGAAGAAAUUACGGUUUCUUAUGGAGAAGAUUACUUCGGCAUCGACAACUGCGAGUGUUUGUGCCUCACUUGCGAACGUGCCGUCCGCAACGGAUGGUCACCAAAUCUUGAUUCCGAACCACAAAGCAAAGCAACCACUCCGGAUCCCGCUGCUACCGAAGAGUAUCUCACACCGAGGAAGCGGAAGCGUACACUAGACGCCGAUUCCGACACCUCCCCUUCUUCAACCCCUCACAAGAGGGGCAAGUUUACACCACGCAGCUCGAACCUGCGUUCUCAACUUUCUCUCACUGAGGAAGUCGCCAUCUCAAUCGAAUCUGAACCUCGCAAUACCUCAACUCCGAAUCUCCACCUACCGGUACCAGAUUCCAGGCAACCAAAAAGCGACUCGAAUGGUGAUAAUAUUCAGUCCUCGUCGGGUACAGAUUCUGAAUCUCUAACGUCCAUCGCGCCUGAAGAAUCGCAGCGGUCAUCGGCGUCCACCACGGCCACUUCCGUAUGUGAUGAGGGAAUCACAGUUAAACCCAGGCCUACAGCAGACAUGAAACAAACCGCGACCUCAAAUGGGGAAAGUUUAAACAAGUCUGUUGGUCCUACCUCCGCAACAACAACUUUGGAGAGUGACACCGAAAUAAAGCCCAAGGGUGAGAACUGCACCGAGACUUCUCUUACCCCAACUGCCACCACACGCAUCCUAGAGGGCGAACCACGCGCAGACAGCUGCACCAGUGACCUUACAGAUUCUGUCAAGCCAGAAGAUCAACCAGAGACUCCUGGGUCUUGUAAAAGGCUGAGGAAAGCGCGGACUAAGCGAGUCUAUUUGACUGUCGAGCCCGAGUCAAAACUUACCCGAGUUCCCGGAGAUUACACCAAGACCCCUAAGCUACUAGCACACUCGUAUGACCGCUGGGUCGACUGCCACACAUGCAACAUGUGGUUUGUGCAACAGAACUCUUAUUUAACGCGGAGAGAAUGCCCUCGCUGCGAGCGCCACUCUAUGCUAUACGGGUUCCGCUGGCCCAAAACCGACAAAGAUGGCCCGCUUGACGACGAGGAGCGUGUGAUGGACCAUCGUACCGUCCAUCGGUUUCUAUACCCUGACGAAGAGGCCCUCGUCUCCCGCCGGGGUCGUGGAGUCAGCUUCGGCAUUACACCGACCCCGGAGCUGUCGGACAUGCGCAGCGAAACUCCGGAUAGUGAGGCCUUAGACGAACAGCGAAGCACUCGAGUGACUAGACGGCGCACCCGAGCGCUUCGGAUGACCAUGUAA